AUGUUGCGAGUUCUAGUGUUGAGUGUCUUAAUUGUGUUUGUGGGGUGUCAGACCACUCAGGUCUCACGGUGUUUGUUUUAUAAUGCCGACCUUCCAAUGAAUGCAUAUGUAGAGGGAUGCAUUGUACCGCCGUGCCUUCUGCCGCAGGGUCAGGACGCAGUCAUCAACGUCAUAUUUAGAGCACCCCGUAUAAUCAAGAAUAUGAAGACCUUAGCAUCGGCUUCGCUACUCGGCAUUACACCAAUUGAACACGAUUUGGAGGAAAAUGCUAUCACUUGCAACUUUCUGACCAACACCUACUGUCCCUUGCUGCCGGAUGAAGUUGUGCAAUAUAAACUAAAAAUGUUUAUUGAGACAUUUUUCCCUGUGAAUUUACCAGUGAUAGUGGAGUUUCGAGUCGCAGAUGAAAAUGAUGAUCUUCUCUGGUGCCUUCGACUUAACAUCAGAAUCGCGCCUCCAUUGGCUAUACAA